AUUUUCCCGAAAACCCACCAUCGUUUUUUAACCGCUCUAACAGAUUCCACGCCGUCGCCUUUCGCCGUCAAACCUGGGAAAGCUGAGAUUUUCCGAAACUCAGCAUAAAGUUGAUCGCUUUUCAUAAAUUGCCCUCGUCACUACACAAUCUCUCUCAUCUCCAUGGCCUCCGCCGCGCUUCUUCGGUCUCUCCGCCGCCGUCAAAUCCAGGCAGCUUCCGUCUCUGCAUACAAAUUCAGCUCUGCUAGCGCCGGCGGGAGGAAGACGGAGCUCCGGUUACUCGGAGUCAAAGACAUCAUCGCAGUUGCGUCUGGUAAAGGAGGAGUUGGAAAGUCUUCCACUGCAGUGAACUUAGCUGUUGCAUUAGCCAACAAAUGUAAUCUCAAGAUUGGGUUGCUUGAUGCUGAUGUGUACGGACCAUCUGUUCCUAUCAUGAUGAGUAUCAAUCAAAAGCCUCAAGUUAACCAAGAUAUGAAGAUGAUUCCGGUUGAGAACUAUGGAGUUAAAUGUAUGUCAAUGGGUCUCCUUGUAGAGAAAGAUGCUCCUAUUGUGUGGAGAGGUCCUAUGGUAAUGAGUGCUCUUGCUAAGAUGACAAGAGGAGUUGAUUGGGGAGAUCUUGAUGUUCUUGUUGUUGAUAUGCCUCCUGGAACCGGAGAUGCUCAGAUCACCAUAUCUCAAAACCUUAAACUCUCAGGUGCUGUAAUUGUAUCAACUCCACAAGAUGUUGCGCUUGCUGAUGCUAACAGAGGAAUCUCCAUGUUCGACAAAGUUAGAGUACCUAUUUUAGGACUUGUGGAGAACAUGAGUUGCUUCGUUUGUCCUCACUGUAACGAAGCUUCUUUCAUAUUUGGGAAAGAAGGAGCACGCCAGAUGGCUGCAAAGAAGGGCUUGAAACUCAUCGGUGAGAUUCCACUGGAAAUGAAGAUCAGAGAGGGUUCUGAUGAGGGUGUUCCUGUGGUUGUUUCUACACCUGGUUCUGUAGUAUCAAAAGCUUAUGAAGAUCUAGCUCAAAACGUGGUGAAUGCACUCAAAGAGCUACGUGAUAAUCCAGAAAAUGAGAUUCAGAUGAAACUUAACGUUCCACAUUCCAGCCACUCAUCAUAGAACAAGCCAUGAGAAACCAAGUUUUGUCUUGCUGCCUCACCUGCUCAGAUUGCAAUACCAAACUGAGAAUGUUUGCAAUUGCUGAGAGUAGAAGAGAAGAAUGUAUCUGCAGUGGACAAAAAA